ACGGGCGUUAUAAAAAGGAGACCAAAUUUUUGAAUUUAUGGUUUUUUAUCGUCUCUUGAACUAAACGGAUGUCUGCAAGUUCACGUGUUAGUGUUGACAAAACUUUUUAAUGUUUGACUGCAUGAGGACAGACUACGACUAGUUCAAGUGUUCCUAUGGGAUGAUACUUUAUGAGUAGGUUUCGCAAAACUUAAAUCUACAAUUAUAUCCUUUCCAGCCAAUCAAACCAAGACUAUGUGAACCCCUAACAAACAGGACAGAUCGAUAAAGCAAUAUCGCAUCCAGUCUUAGAAUAACGACUACUCCUUUAUCAGUGUAUCAACAUACAAACGAAUGGCCGAAUUAAAGACUAUCAAUACCUGGCACGGACAGGAAGAUUCGAUACCACUAGAAACCAGCGUGAAUGUCCAAAUACCAGCCUAUGACAACAAAGCUUUCACAGACUACCCACAUGUUGAAACGUUUGUCGUAAAUGGCAAACAUGCGACGAAAUCAUUAGACAAUGAGCUUGACGCUAACCCUGUGGAUGAUGAGACCAGCCGCUUUACAAUCGUCGUUGGUCGUGUUCAAAAAGCCAUAUUUGACUUUAAACAGAAAAACAAAGACGUUUUGAACACCAUAUUUAAGCUCGUUCUACUCUUGGCCUACUUUGCAUACUUCGCUUAUGCGAUGUACUAUAGAUUUGGUGAUGAAGGCUCUUGGCGACUUCUAAUCGUUACAAUUCUAGCCUCCCUUGGAAUUCUGCUGAACCUGUUCCUGAGCUACAGAAGGAGAAAACAUGAAGACGACGGAGAUAGUGGUCAAUGCACUGUCAAACUUUGGAAAGUAAUUGCAAAAAUUAGACUGAAUAUCGUCCUCCCCAUUGUGCUGACCAUUGGAUUUAUUGUGUAUAUUAUCGUGGAUGUGGGCCUCAACAAACCCAGAAACCUCAUCAGCCUUGCCGGCAUCGCCUUCUUCGUCGUCUCUUUCUUCCUCUUCUCACACAACCCCUCCAAGGUGAAAUGGCGCCCCGUUUAUUGGGGUAUCGCUCUUCAAAUUAUAUUCGCCAUGCUAAUCUUGAAGACGUCAUGGGGGCACGACGCCUUCGAGUGGCUUGGUGACCGAGUGAGCGAGUUCCUGGCAUACACUGAUGCUGGGUCUCAGUUCGUCUUCGGGGAGUUGUACGAGCAGCAUUAUUUCGCUUUCAAGGUGCUGCCAGUUGUGGUGUUUUUUAGCACGUUCGUCUCCAUGCUGUACUACCUUGGAGUGAUGCAAGCUGUCAUUAAAAUGGUUGGAAAGUUCUUAUCUUUCUGCCUCGGUACUUCCGCCACUGAGUCUGUCAAUGCUGCAGGAAAUAUUUUCAUUGGACAGACUGAAGCCCCUCUACUGAUUCGCCCGUUUCUAAAAGACAUGACAAACUCCGAGAUCCAUGCUGUCAUGACUGGAGGCUUUGCUACUAUAGCAGGGGCAGUCAUGGCGGCAUACAUUCUGUAUAAAGUUCCCGCCAACCACCUCUUGUCUGCUUCAGCAAUGUCUGCGCCUGCAGCUCUCGCCAUGGCCAAAUUGUUUUACCCAGAGACAGCCAAGAGUAAACACAGCGAUAAGGAUGUCUACAAAUUUUCUAAAGGGUCUGAGCGAAACAUGAUCGAGGCAGCGUCCAAUGGAGCUUCCAUGUCUGUCAAACUAGUGGCCAACAUCGGAGUCAACCUGAUAGCCUUUGUGGCGCUUUUACACUUCAUCAAUGCCACACUGACCUGGUUCGGUGAUCGUGUUGGCGUGGACAAUUUGACAUUUCAAUUUAUCUGUUCCUAUCUCUUUUGGCCAAUUUCAUUUUUGAUGGGAGUUGAUCAAGACGAUUGUAAGAUUGUUGCUGAGCUGAUAGGGACCAAAAUAUUUCUGAAUGAAUUUGUGGCAUAUGUUGACCUUUCAAAGUUCAUCAAAAAUCAAAUUAUCUUUGAUGACUACAUUUCCAAUUAUACCAGCCUUUUUAAUACAACGGCAGAAAACUUGACCGACGCCUGGUACUGGGUUGGGGAUAACAUUUAUUUAAACUAUACUGGGACUACACUGGAGCGCGGAUUGAUUGGAAACAGAUCUGUAGUGCUAGCUACAUAUGCUCUUUGCGGCUUCUCAAACUUAUCGUCCAUGGGGAUUCAGCUUGGUGCUUUAGGAGCCAUGGCACCCGAAAGAAAGAGUGAUAUGUCCAAAAUAGUAUUUCGGGCCAUGUUGGCAGGAAAUGUUGCUUGCUUCUUGACGGCCUGCAGUGCAGGAAUAUUUUUGUAAUUAUUCUUUACGAAACAGAAGUUUUGGAAGUUUUACAAAAGACCUGUUGGGCUGUACUGCCAGCGUACUUUAGUUCAAAUGUUUCAUUCCUAUAUUUAAAGUUUGGAAAAAAAGAUGCAUUUAUAGUACCGGGUAGAGUCUACUUUAUAUAUUGUUUUUUAAAUAGAGCUAAUACAUUUAGAAACUCUUAUAACGACAUGCAUGAUGCAUUAAUGCAUGUAUUUUUUGAAGUGGCAUUUUUUAUAUUAUUAUUAUUCUGUAAGGAAAAACUUUUAUGACUGUAACAAAUGUAACUUAAAAACAAGUAACAUUUAAAUGAAGGGCAUCAAGUUUAUUAGUUUAUUGUCUACAAGAUGUUUCAAUUCAAUGAAUAUUUAUAGCCUUCGUUUUCCAUAUUUCAUUUUUUUUUUGUAGAGCAUCAUUUUAGUAAAACAUUUUAGGUUCUUAUUUAGACGGUGCUUAAUGAGACACUUAUAAAAGAAAACCUUUUUUUCCACAAAAUGCAUCUUAAAAUCACUGUAAAAAAAAUAUUUGUUCAAAACAUGUAAAUUUUGUUUAUAGGCUGGUAAAAAUGUAUAUAAUUAUAUCAGUAAGAACAAUUUGUAAUGAAUAUAUGACUGCAAUAAUUAUUUUUUAUUCACUGCAUUAUUUCCUGCAUGAUGUCACUAACAUUCCCACUUCAUUUAAGUCAAAAAACAAUUUUAAAUUUAAGAAUGCCAUGCUGAAAUGUUAUAUGUUUUCAUUGUCGGAAUGAAAAGAUUGAAAUUUAUUAUGCUCAACUGUGUUUACGGACAACAUUCCUACUUAUUUAGCCAUUGAAAAAUGUAUUAUUAAUGGUUAUUGUAUUGAUACUUUAUGUUAAGAGUUGAACAAGUCAAAGAGACAUACCUUUGUAUAUAAUGUUAGUUUGAAAUACACAGAAAAAAAUAUUUUAUAUAUUUUCCUAAAGUAAUAGAAAAUCUAUAAACUACCUCCACUGACAAAUACAUUCCUGCAUAUUUCUGGCUGAUAGUAAAAUUUAUAUAUUUCAGAAUGUUGAUUGUUUCAAAUUUUAAGAAAAUUCCAAUCAUAUUAUGCUUAUUUUAUGUUAUAAAAUACAGACGUUACUUCCAAAAAGAAGAUGAUUACAUCCUACGAGUCAUGCAUCUAGUCAUGCAUGUUGACCAAUGACUGAAAUUCUGCCAAGUCAUUGGUUUUCCUGGCUGGCUCAGGCAACCCAUUCCAUGCUCUAAUAGCACUAGGGAAGAAGGAGUAUUUGUACAAAUUAGUCCUAGCAUAAGGAACGAUGCUUGAUGCUUUUUAUUCUAAAAAAAAAAGUAAACUAUCCCUUUCAGACCUUGCGAUGCAGUGCUUUUUUUUUGUGACGAUAAUCACUGGUAUGGUGUACUGGCACCUUUCUCAAUGUGGGGAAACGUUAUAACAUUUCUUGUAUUUUAAAGUUUAUUAUUAAUUUAUUUAGUAGUUAAGUUAAAGUUAAGCAAUCCAUCACUGUGUACCGGCACCUAUUUCUUUACAAAAAAAGCACUGUUGCAAUCUAUAGGGCAGAUGAUGCAAAGUUCAUCUGUUUCUAUGGCCAUAAGUUAAUGAGGGUGUCAUAUGGCCAGCACAAUGACCGAUGGCAUCACUUUCCUUAACUAAUGUCAGGUACCCAUUAGAGAUGAGUGAACUCAUGGGCAGCCUUAAAAUCCUGAAAUUAAAAAUACUACUCAUCACCAUGAUUUGAACCCAGACCCCUUGGUUUGAAAGGCAAGCACUUUAUCACUCAGCCACCCCACCCCACUGCUUUUAAUUUUACUUUAGUAAAAUAAACAAUAGAUUACACAAAUAUUAGAGUCUUGUUUACUUAUUAGAUCUGGUUUUUUUUCCACAUUUAUUUGCUUUUUGCCUUUUGUCAACACUGGUGCCUUAUAACUUUUGGCUUUUUCUUGUUUUUUUUAAAUAGCGUUGUCAGUAAGUCUCUUCUAUAACUGCAUUCACUUGAGAUCUAUUUUGCUUCAUUUAUUACAUGUCAUUCAGUAGGAUACUUGCAAGAAACCCUUUUAAUGGAAUUUUUGAUAAUGUUGGCCUAAUGAUUUCUUAAUAAUCCAGUCCCAUAUUCAACUGAUGUCUCCACCAUUCCCAUUUUAGUAUCUUGAUCUAAUUCAUCGAAAGGGUUCCAUUAGCCCAAAGAAAUCUGCAUUACAUAAAAUGUGAAUAAGUUAAUGUGUUAAGUUAAAGUUAAGCUAUCCAUCACUGUGUACCGGCACCUAUUUCUUUACAAAAAAAGCACUGUUGCAAUCUAUAGGGCAGAUGAUGCAAAGUUCAUCUGUUUCUAUGACCAUAAGUUAAUGAGGGUGUCAUAUGGCCAGCACAAUGACCGAUGGCAUCACUUUCCUUAGCUAAUGUCAGGUACCCAUUAGAGAUGAGUUAACUCAUGGGCAGUUGGUAUAAACUUUGUCACAUGUAAAUUAUGAGUGAGUCUGGUGUGAAUGUACACUUUGGUUUCUUAUAGUUAUAAUGUUUAUUUGUUUGGUGUAAUGCACAAAUUGUAAGACAAAUUUCCAUAUGGACAAUAAAGAUUAUUAUUAUUAUUAUUAUUAUUAAUACUAAGAAUUUUCUUAUAAUAGAGCUUUGCUAAUGUCCCAACUUGACCCAUUUUAGUAUCAUGCACAACUAGCUCUAUUACAAAGUGUAGAUUUUUUAUGUGAUCAAGUUCUUAUCAUGUUUUUUCACAAUUUUAUUUAACAAAUGUUCAAAUUCAGAGUUGGUAGUUUUGUGAAUUUAUGGGAAAAAUGUUAAAACCUUCAUUUAAAAUGGUUACUCAAUUAGCCAUUAUAUUAAAUAUUAUCUAUGAAUUGGCAUAAACUGUCAUUGUAACAUUAAACAUGGGAUCCUGUUAAUUAUGUUCCUAGAAUUAUUUGUUAAAAUGAGUGUGUGCAUGCUGAUGACCAUGAAUGCAUCUCAACUAAAACAAGUUUGUGUUGUUUUGUAUGCCUAGCUUUUGAUUUGUUUACACAGUAGUAUGAAUUCUUUUCUUCUAUAUUUCUUAAAAUCACUGCCACAGUGUAACAGGCAUUAAGUUCUCUUAUUCAACAGUUUUAUUAUUUCAUUAACUAUGUUUCGUAAUAAGCAUUCUCUUAUUAUAUACAUGUAUAGUCACUGCUACAGUAAGAUGAACUGCAGCUAUUGUGUUCUAGCUACUUAAAUGCAUACAUCUUGCAUAUACGAAAUCAAGUUAUUAACAUAGCAGUUUUCUUAAUUUUAUUGUUGUUCACCAUUCUCGGAUGGAACUUUUAACAAAAUGUGUAUAACUGUAUUAACUAAUGAGCUUUAUGCACAUAAAAAAGGUGAAAUCAAACAUAUUUACAAUUGAUAUGUUGACUUUGCUUAAAACAGUUGAAGUGUCUUUAGCUUCAAACGUUAUGAACAUUUUGAGAUGAUUUCUGUCUAUUGUAUUCAACAUCUCAUGUCAAAUCAAUUUUUGUAAUUGUUUACAGUAAACAAUAAUUCAAUAAACCAAAAAAAAGAAUGUC